AUGUGGAUCCAUGUAACUCUCGUCCCUGCCAAUGGGGAGGCACUUGCCACAGUGUCCUUACUUCAUGGAGAUGCGAAUGUCCACUUCCGUUUACUGGAUCAAGAUGUACAGAAAGUAAGAAUGAGAUUAAUUAUUGUGCAAGCUAGGAUGAAAGUGAGACUACUGUGGGUUAUGAAUAGACGUGGUGCAAAAGCCAAAUCAAAUUGUUUUUAUCGUUAUGCAAACAGAAACGUUUUUGUAAUACCUUACUCUUUUUUUCUAGUGCACAAUAGAUACCAGUUUGAUCUUGAUGGGACAGGCGACCAUCCAUACGUGAUAAUGAAUGAUCGUGACUACAGUGCGUUUACUGCCAAUUUUUGGUUUAAAACUGCCGAGAAAAAUGUCUCGUACUUAGUUUAUGGAACAGCAGACAACCAUAAAAUAAAGGAGCGGCUCAUUGUUUGGAGAGCUGAUAACAUCUUUUUUGUCGAGUUAUGGAAAGAUUCCGUGUAAGUAGAAAGAAUAUACGACUUUUAAUAGCAUGUCGGUUUGUGUGUUGUUCCAUCGACCGGGUGGUCAGUUAUCCUGUAAGCCAGCCAGCCGGUCACUUGGUCAAUAUGUCUGUUGGUCACUUGGUUAACCAGUCGAUUGGUCGGUCAGUUGGUUGGUCAGUCAGUUGGUCGUUCAGUUGUUCGGUUGGUUGGUCGGUUCGUCUGUCUGUCUGUCGGUCGGUCGGUCGGUCGGUCGGUCGGUCGGUCGGUCGGUCGGUCGGUCGGUCGGUCGGUCGGUCGGUCGGUCGGUGAGUUGGUCGGUGAGUUUGUCUGUCGGUCAGUUGGUCUAUCAGUCAGUUGGUCAGUUUUAAAUCUUUAUUGCCUCCAGUUUCUAAAAACUGUAGUUAUUUACAAAAGAAGUAUUAAUAAUAAAAUAUAGAUAAUGAAAAGAUAUCAAUUAUUACCUAACUAGCUAACUAAAUUGACAAAAUUGUACUCCUAUAAGUUAUAGGAGUACAAUUUUGUCAAUUUAGUUAACCAGUUAGGUAACAAAGGGUAACAUGGCUUGCAAAUUUCAGCAAUAACUGGCCAGGUGUCCAUGUUUGCACAUACUUCUGACCUUUUACCUAAUAUAACUAAGAGAAAUUCCAUGUCUGUUAAACUUGCUGGAUGUACUGCCAUUUCAAUUGGCAUAUCGUUUAUCCAUUCCCAUAGUUCCUCUUUUGAUUGGCUUGUGCCAUUACAGUACAGUAAUGCAUGCAUUACAGGAUUUAAGUAAUUGCUACUACAAAUAUCACAAUAGUCUCUAUAAGUUUCUGGUUUGUUCACCAGUUUUCCUUUAAUUUGAAAGAUAUCCAUAGAGUAAUCUUAGAACAUCAUUAAUUUGUUUCAUAUAAUCAGGAUUCGUUUUAGCUAAUAACCACCAUGGUGAGAUUUCAUUCACAGGAUGAGUUUCUGCAUAAAUCUUUAGUUGACCAUGUCUACCUAUUUCUUCUUUCCAAAGAUUGUUGUAGUAGUUGUAUAUGUGCUUUUUUGAUAGUUUCCUUCCAUGCAGAUUUGCUUGGAAAUUGAUCAGAUAAACUACACACUCACCGAGUAUAAAGUACACUCUGUUAGAAGUCCAUAAGAUAAUGUUUCAAAAGAAUACGUACAAUAUCUGGAAUAAAUCCUUUUAAGGUGUUUGUAUGGUUCCAUGUCCAUCGUAUCAAUCUCAUGAGAAAAAUCCUUCGGCACAGAAUACCAUGGCUCACAAAUAUAAGCAGUCCCAGAAAAUACAAUUUGCGUUUAUUCACUUCAGCCUUGAUUGUUAAUAAGCUCCCUGAAAACCUUCGAGCAACAGACCUAGAUAUCCCAGGUAACAACCCAUGCAUAAUGAGCACCGUAAUAUUUUACACUUCUCCAGUUCGACUAAGUCAUCGCGAUUCAGCUGCAAGAGCUCACAACCGUACAGCAUCAUUGGAACUCCAGUACGCUUCCAUCACUCAACUGAAAUUAUAGGAUUUAAUCCUCCAUAUCUAGCACCCAUUUUCAUUAAAACCAUGGGUGCUGGAUAUCUAUCUUCCAUUACAGCAAACCCCUCAGUAUGAGGAUUAUUAGGAGGAUUAAAUCCUAUAAUUGGUCGGUCAGUCUGUUAGUGAGGCUCUACUCUAAUCAUGCUAUGAAUAUUUCAGAUGCAACUUUACUUUUCCAACAUCGUAUCCUGUUAAUGACAACAAUUGGCAUGUAGCAACCAUGGUGCUUGGUAGAAACGCCGAGUUAAGUUUUUAUCUUGACGGCGUAAUGCGUGAUUCUCCGAAACUUACUGAAGGAGAACCCAAUCGCAAUGACCUUUAUCGUUGGUCAACAGGCGAAAUACAUCUUGGUUACUUUAAGGUAAACUUGCAGUCGUUAGAGUAAGAGCUUUUUGGAACGUGGAUUCUCACUGUAGAUUCAUCAUAGCCCUAGAGUUUCUCAACGCUUUAUGCUGUACGUCUUCUCCGGGUAUUCCGGAUACCUUCCACAAAGAACCGGUUGGCAGGAUGGCUUGGGGUAACUUCAAACUAACCCUCUCGUCGUAUUUAUCGUUCGUGAUCGGACAUACGUUGGCAGUCAAAGGCAUUCCUAGUAAGCAAAGUCGAAAAACUUUUUUCCUUUCCUAAUUAUUUAAAAGCCCCGGUCAAACAAGUAUGAGGCGAGAGUUGGCAGUAACGAAUUGUUACUCAACGGGGGACAUUUCAAGCUCUAGAUUAACAAAAUAAAGAUUUGAUGAGUGUUCCAACUAUGUUUUAACUUAAAUAGAAUACAUGAUAAUGUUGGGAAACACUGAUUUAAGAACAGCUAACCACAAAAAAUUGUGCUCGCUUUUUCUUUCAUAGGAUUCAAAUGGAGAAGAACACUUUUUCAAUGGCUCCAUUGCCCAUUUUGAUAUCGAUGCACAAACCUCAGAUUAUGAUUACAUUCGAGAUAAAAUGGUGUUGCCGUGUCCGCCACGCUUUGAAGGACGGUUGCUUAAGGCGAAAUGGGCAAGACUAAUUGACCUUGCACGACCUGUUACUUGUUCAUCAAGAGGUGAGUUGUAUACCUGGGAGCGAGGUAUAGCAAUCUCGUUCCCAUCUCUUACCUCUUGUGGAGGAAAAACCCAUGGUAGGAGCUGCUAACGUAAUCUGCUAAAAUCUACCUGAAUAAAUACUUUCUUGUAUUAACAUGAUUUUAAUAGGCCUCCUCGUUGCCCUUUCGUCCUGCUUGUUGACGUUCUCAAUAACGCGGUAGUUCUUUAUAAUUAUAAAAGUGUAAAAUUGUAUAAGGCGAGACUUUUUUUAUUUAUUGGUUUACGGAUUUUACUUGAAAAAAACAAGGUCGGUAGGUCGGAAAACAAAUUUAAAAAAACAUUGUUUUUCAAGAUUGAAGAUGAACCAGAAGUACUUAGAAACAAGGUUUACUUGGCAUGUACUUUAUGUAGAACCCCAAAUUAACGAAAAUCGUAAAAUUAUUGAUAUCCGCAUUUUUUUUUUAUUUUUCACUUUCUGAAUAUUUACGGUCGGCGGAUCCGUAAACCAAUGAAUAAAAAACGUCUUGCCUAAAAGUGUAAAAAGGCUGUUUCUUGCCACGUCUCCGUACUACAUUACUCCUUGCUUAAGUUCGCUAGUACAUCGACAACACGGCCGCUAGCUCAUGUUGUGAAUAGGUUGAUUGUUACAAACAAGUUGUUUCAACAAGUCUAAUACAGGCUGUUCGUAACAAGUUGCUACAAGCUUGUUGUCAUCAACUCGUUAACAGCUUGUUACUUGCAGACCAUAUCAGACUUGCUGGAACAACUUGUCGCGAGUCUGUUGACCUCAUCAACCUUGUUACAAGAUGCAACAACUUGUUACAGACAAUUUAACAACUGGGAACAAUCAGUGCGAACACAGCUUGUUAUUUAACAAACUGUGAGGUUUUCUACACAUGUAGCAAGCUAACUUCGUGCAACAACUUGUUACAGACUUGUCAACAACUGGGAACAAUCAGUGCGAACACAGCCUGUUAUUUAACAAGCUGUCAGGUUUUCUACACAUGUAGCAAGCUAACUUCAGCGGUAUACAUACGUAAAAACGCACAAGUUGUUACAGGUCUGCAAACAAGUUGUCACAAAUCUGCUUUUUCUUAGUUGUUGUAACAAGUUUGUAACAAGUUGUUAACAACUUGUCAUAGGCUUGAUAGCAUUAUCAGACUUGUUACAAGGUUAUUCUAACAAGUCAUACUAACAUGAUACACCAAGAAUGUUGCAAGGUUGACGACACAAAGUUGUAACAAUGUUGUUAUAUUAUGACUUUAUUGGAUUUGUUGGAACAACCUUACAACAAGUAUGAUAAUAUUGACAAGGUUGUUACAAGUGUUAACAAGUUGUUCCAUUGUUGUUGACAACUCGGGACAAUCAGUGCGAACACAACUUGUUGACAGCUUGUUGGCAGAUUUGCUACAAGAUGUGAGAUUGUUGCAUGUGUAAGGGGCAGUCAGUCAGCGCGCAUGCUAUGCAUAUCUGUUACCGCUGCGCUCACCAAUUCUCUAUUUGUUUGUUUAUUCUUAGUUCCUCUCAUGGGGCUACCAGCCCAUCUGUUCUACAGCACCUCGACAUUCAAAUGGCUUGAAACUGAAGUUUCUCCGCCACGACAUCUUACUGCAUUCACGAUAAUUUUUGAUCUUAGUUUUUCAAAGGAUAUGUUUCCCACUAAACCCAUUCAAAUCGCUUGUUAUGGUGAUCAGGGAUCUCCUUGUCGUUUGUCUAUUGUGAUUCAUGUGAAUGUGACACUGGAAAUAAUCAUAGAAUCUACUCGGUAAAAACAUAAUUAUACAGACAUCUCUCUAAUACGGACAUCUCUCUAAUACAGAUACUUCUCUAAUGCGGACACCUCACUAACACGGACACCUCUCCAAUACGGACAUCUCUCUAAUACGGACAUCUCUCUAAUACGGGCAUCUUUCUAAUAAAGACAUUUAUCGAAUACGGAGACCUCUCCAAUACGGACAUCUCUCUAAUACAGAUACCUCUCUAAUACGAACGCCUCUCCAAUACGGACAUCUCUCUAAUACGGACAUCUCUCUAAUAAGGACAUCUUUCUAAUACGGACAUCUCUUUAGUACAGAUACCUCUUUAAUACAGAGACCUCUUUAAUAUGAACAUCUGUCUAAUACAGACGUCUCUCUAAUACGAACACCUCUUUAAUACGCACACCUCAUUUUCUAAUGCAGACAUCUCUCUAAUACAGAUCGAUACCUCUCCGUUACGCACACCUCUCUAAUUCAGACACCUUUCUAAUACAAACAUCUCUCUAAUACAGACCACACCUCUUCAAUACGCACAUCUUUCUAAUACGAACAGAUCUCUACAAUACAGACACUUUUUAAUAGGAACACCUCCAUAAUACGGACACCUCUCUGACACAGACCGGCUCUCUUAUAAGGUUGCAAUCAUACAAAUAUAUAUCGACCUUGUAUUUGUCUGCGGGUUUCGCCUUAAGUUGAUGUAUUUUAAAAUAACUUUGCUUUUUAGCUUCGAUGUGGACCUGAUUCCGUUGUUCAAUGGUGUACACUUUAUAAUGGUACUGACUUGGACAAGUAAUGGAGGUGUGUUUGAGUUGCUGAUUAAUGGCGUGCUACACUCAAGAAUUCGUGACAUCGAAACGAAUGGCCAAAUAACUGGUCAAAGUCGAUUUAUUAUCGGUGGUUCUGAUGUUAAGAGUAGAAACUUUGCUGGUUAUUUUCAUUAUUUCAACGUCUGGGACAAGGUUGGUUUGCGAUAUAUAAUUCAUAUCACAUCACAAUACAUUAUCAUGACAGUCGGUCACUCAGUCAUUCAAUCAUUCAAUCAUCUCUAGUAGCUUGAUCAUGAAAACCCUUUCAUUGUGUUUGUUGAGCUUCACAGACUUGUUACGAGUUGUUCCAAAAACUUGUCACCUUCCCGCAAUUCAACAAUUUGUCAACAAGUUACGAGUGACAACCUUGUAGCAACUUGACAAAAUGACAGUAUUGUGACAUUUUGUUGACAAUCUUGCUGCAAGCCUGUUGCGAACACGUCUUGUUGACAAGUUGUGAAAAUUUUACGUGUGCAAUAAGAAGAAUUCGCACAUUCCCAUUUGAUAAAAAUGGUUUCGUUUACAAGGUGUUAUCCGAAGAUAUGCUGUACUUGAUGAACUUGCAACCGGGAAUAGACAUGGGGAACGUUGUAGCGUGGAAAGACUUUAAGAAACCUCAAGAACAGUUUGAGAUUCACGAAAGGAACACGGGGAGCACUUAUCGUCGAAAUCCAUGUUAGUUUAACAUUCGAUAUAUAUUUAAUAUUUUAAAGUGCAUAUGAAACGUUUAUCAUCUUAUUUAAAAGAACUAUAAAAACGAUAGAGUAACUUCUUUUGCAGAUUUUCGUUCCUUUGCCUCGUUGCGAGAUAUUCCGGUUAGUUUGUUACACGUGGCAAACUUUCUACGUGACAAAAUGCAUAAUUUGCUGAAAAUGUUAUAUAUUCUUGUUAUAUAUGAAAUUAAUAUUGCGAGAGAAUCCAGGUAUUUGAUGUUGUGGAAUAACACAAAUGCGCAAUAAACGGUACUUCUAUAAUUUUGUUUGAAAAUAGCAAUAUAAUGAAAAUAGCAAUGUAAAACCUUGUGGCAAAUCAUAUCAGCCAUAAUAUGUCACGUGGAGUGACUUUAUAUUUGAUAAAACUUAUCCUAAUUAGUAUGAUUAUUUGCUGUGUUGGUGUAAUGUACACUCAGGUGAAUAACAUGUUGGUGUAAUGAAUGUACACUCAGAGUAACAUCACACAAGCAUAGUAUGAUUAUAUAAUGGUUCAUCCUAAUUAGUAUUCUUUUGUAGUCGUAUUUUAAGCCAUUUAAAGCACUUGUAGUCGUGUUUUAUCAUAUCUAAAACGCUCGGCUGCGUCUCGCAUUUUAAAUGAUAAAACAUUCCUACGCGUGCUUUAAAUAGUACUUAAUGAUUCAAGCACGUUACUACGUUAUAGGUGAAAGAACAGCCAGAAAAUAAGUAAAACACACACCAAAUCAAUGUGGGAAAAUGGGUUCAGAGUGAAGUGAACCAAUUAUAUACAUUAUAUUCUUAAACACUGGUCAACCUAAAGAAGAUUAAUACAUUAUGCCCAUGCAAAGUGUUUCUAAAACGAAGCAACGGAGAAGAGAAGUUUCACUUUAUAGUAGUUCUUUUAGAUAUAAGACACGAAUACAAAAUUGGUAGUUCCUUUCACUGUAUCUGCCACCUAUGCUUUCCUAAUUUCAUUGAUCAUGAUCUUUCUAGUUGCUGUGAAUAACUUCUUUCUCGAGUUCAAAAAUGCUUCUGCGUAUUCGAGGAUCCCUAUUUCGUGCUGCUCGUCCCAAACUGCAGUAACACUUACGAUGUGGUUAAAGAUAAUCACCUUCCUUCCAUCUACAUUGUUUACUUUUAAACGAACGCGCGAAGAGCCCGAGGAUAUGGUGUUACGAGUGAAAGCACACGGAGAAAUAAUGUUGGCUAUGGACAUUAAUACAAAUCUAGAAGAAGUGAGGUAAAUAUUAAAUCAUAGACACAAUAGUGACAAAAAACUGGAUUUACAUACGUAAAAACGCACAAGUUGUAACAAACCUGCAGCAGACUUGUAGCAAUGCUGUUCCAACAACUUGUCAACAGGAUGUGUUCGCACUGCUUGUUCCCAGCUUGUUGACACGUUGUUAACGGCUUGUUGGCAACUUGCUACAAGGUUGUUGAACUCAACAGACUUGUUACAAGUUGCUCCAAACACUUGUUAUCGUCCUGCAAUUGGACAAUUUGUCAACAGGUUGUGAGUGCAUGAUAACCUAAGUAUAGCAACUUCGCCAACUUUAUAUAACUGAUAAGCAUUAUUACAACUUGUUGACAAACUUGCUACAAGCCAGUUGCGAACACAUCUUAUAAUGUUGACAAUUUGUGACAUUUUUACCAUGCUUUUUAUCAUAGAAACAAUAAAUAUCUAUUAUUUCUGUGUUUUUAUAAAAAACAUAUGAAUGUUUGAAGUUAAGAAAUAAUACUAUAUUGCCAUUUGUAAAACGCAUGAAUGGGAUAAGGUGCCGAGUAAUGCAUUGUGUUAAGCUAGUUUUUUCACAUUGAUUUGGUUUUUUUUCUGCUUCGUAUUAAUUUAUAUAAAAAAUUUUUUGCUUGGUGUUAUAGAGAUAUUGUCUUGUGAUAUAUUGUGGUUGCAUGGUUGGUUGAUAACACUUUGUUUAAAAUGACCUAAAAUGAAAAAAUUGUUAGGAAAACACGCUAAGCUGAGCUGAUUUCCAUGGGGGAGGGGGAGUGUUUAAACACACAAAUAAAUUAUUCUGAAAAAAUAGAAAACCUAAGUUACUGAAGCUAAAACACACAUAAAUACAAUAUAUAAUAAAUAGAAUUAUAGAAAACACAGCAUGAUAUGACGUCAUCCAAACUAAAAAACGCUACGGAAAUUCAACAGACUGUUGUGCAUCACAAACUUUAUAACUAAACAGUUUAAUUUUUACAUAGGACGAAAGAGCUAUUAUUUAGCUUUUCUAUGAUACCUUUCUUAAACCGUAACGAUGAGAAAUGACCGUCAGAUAAAAAUUGUCUGUCGAAAUCACAUUUAAUAGCACAUUUUCCAUCUUUGGGAUUGAAAGACAUUAAUUAUGCAAAGUUAAUCAAUCCAAAAGCAAAGCAAGCCUUCUGCAAGGUAUUUGUUUCUGUUCAGUGGUUAAUGAACCAUGUUUAAUGCAAUAAUGCACGUUCUUAUGGUCUCACUGAGACAAAGAUGGACGAGUUGAGCUUAUUUUAGAUAAUUUAACAUUCAAUUUUAAUUUCCUCUUGGGAAAUGUUUAUUGUUCGUUUUCCUUGCAACUCCCAACGGUGGAAGAAUAUGAUUUCGACCGGGAAUUUUUAUUUGGCGAGAUGUGGCCAUUUCUCCUCGUUACGAUUUAAAAAGAGUAUCAUUGAAAGGCUAAAUAACUGUUCUUUCGUCCUAUAUAAAAAUUGAAUUGUUUAGCCACUCGUUUAUGAUGCACGACUAAAGGAAUACCGAAUGGUUUUCCGUGCAGGAUUGCGUGAUCCGUGCACGAGGGAUGUCGCGAGACUUUCGGAAAGCGUAAAAAUACUCGAGCCGCAGGCGAGUGUAUUUUUACGCUUUCCAAAAGUCGAGCAAUAUCCCAAGUGCAUGGAUCACGCUAUCCUGCUUGGAAAACCAUUUGGUAAUUGUUUUAUAAAAUAACUACAGUGAAACAAUGACAUUUUGUGAAUCCCGCGAAAAUCCCGCGAAGGCAUUUUAAUUCCUCGUGCAGGAUAACCUGAUCCUGCACAGCUAUUACAGUCGAUUUCACGAAACUUUGACCACAAAUGUUCCGAACUUCGUUGUGAAGUUCGCAAGUUCCGAAGUUCGUUGCGAAGUUCAAAAGUUCAUAAUGAUUCACAAACCAAUUGAUUGGCUUAUUUUACUUCAGGGACCAAUCAGGGAUUUUGUUUACAAAUUGGCUUGUGAAAUGUGAAUUCCAAAAUGAACUUGCGAACUUCGCAACGAAGUUCGGAACUUUUGUGGUCAACGUUUCGUGAAAUCGACUGUAUAAACCAAUCAAAUUGCAUGUUUCACUGUAGUUAUUAUAUAAAGCCUGUUGAAUUUCCGUAGCGUUUUUUUUGAGACACCUGUAGUGUAUAUCUCUUAAAUGUAUUGAGUAUGUCACUAUAUGUUUAUUUUUUAGCCUUGGAAAUAUUAGCACUAUUAAUUCGUGGAAUUUCAUCGCUUUCACGUGGGACACAAGUGGUGAACUGCACUGUAAUAUUAACGGAAAACAUGAACAGAUCAGCUCAAACUAUAAACAAGGUUAUAUAUUCGUCACGAGGGGCAAGGCAUCGUGGACAAUUGGAGGUAAAGUUAGUGGUGCGAAUCUACUGAUCACCGAGCUCAAUAUACAGGGUGCCUAAAAAAACGCCAUGGAAAUUCAACAGGCUGCCGUGUAUCAUAAACGUGGCUAAACAAUUCAAUUUUUACAUAAGACGAAAGAACAGUUAUUUAGCUUUUCAAUGAUAUUCUUUUUAACUCGUAACAAUGAGAAAUGGCCAUAUACUCGCCAAAUAAAAAUUGCCUGUCGAAAUCACAUUCUUCCACCGUUGGGAGUUGCAUGGAAAACGAACAAUAAACAAUUCCCAAGAGGGAAUUAAAAUUGAAUGUUAAAUUAUCUAAAAUAAGCUCAACUCGUCAACUUGAUUCCACGGGCGCUUUUUCUCGGCGAAAUGCGAAUUAUUUCGCCUGUUUCUUUUGAAUUGCGACCGCUCGAAUAAAUUAUUUCUACUUGAAAAGGGACUGAAACUUGCGUCUAAUAGCUACAAUUUUGAGAGAUAUUUCGUCCAAAAUGAUAAACACCUCAUUAUAUGCAUUAACAUUUUUCGACCAGGACCUAGUACCCAAUCUCUCCUCUCCUGAAAUACAGGGUGUCUAAAAAACGUGACCCUUUCACCCUUUCGUUUGUAAACACCCAAACUUCAUUCCCUCUGGGAGUUUAGAAUGCAUUGUAAUUGUACGACUAUAUUAAAACUGACUGCAUAAAUUGCACAUGAAAAUUCCAAUUGAAAGUUAAUAAAACGACCUAGAAUUAGUCACGUCAGGUCGAAUAACAAUGGUUCGACUACCAACCGAGAGCAAGGAGUAUUUACAGUAAGCAAAUUCCCAGGUGUAUAAUAACGCGAUUUUAACAACAAAAGGGUGUUUCUACAGGUCACACUUUUUUCAGACACCCUGUAGAACCAUUUCAUUAGAGAGGUUAAGAUACCCCGGUUUCGGUGUACGGGUACGAGUAGCAUGAUUUUGGUUAGCAAUACUUUCGUCGAUGUUUGUACCUUUACUUGUAAUUAAGGUGCACAUUUUUCGCAUUGUAUCAUUGUCUAUUGCAAGAAAACAGAAAAAGUAUGAUCGAAUUACAGACAUCAUUAAAACAAGAAGACACUACUACACCGAAACCGAGGUAUCUUAACCUCUCUAAUGACUAGUGUUUCGUUCGAUCAUAUAUUUAGACCAUUUAACAUAUUUAAAACAAUGCUUGAUGAAACAAUACAAAAGUCUGAGUUCUAAAACGAUGGAUCAACGGGGUGACCAGUUCCUUGUCCUGGUAGUGUGAUCAUGCUUGUUUUUAAUUUGCAGAUAAAAACAACACAUUCGUCGGGAUGGUAGCUCAGGUUAAUUGGUGGUUCCAAGUCGUACCCCCACCUGCUUUAAUGGCACUAUCUAAAGAGAUCACUAGUCUCAGUAAUGGCUGGACUUCGUUUCUUAGCCAAAAUAGACAUGUGGGACAAGUAGUUAGAGGAUACCCGACCAUGUACUACACGCCAGGUGCGCUCAUCAAACAUAACUCUAAUACGAAUACCUCUCAAAGCAGACACUUCUCUAAUAUAGAUACCUCCCCAAUACAGGCAUACCUCUCCAAUACAGACACUUCUCUAAUGCAGAUACCUCUCCAAUACAGGCAUAUCUCUUUAAUACAGACACUUCUCUAAUGCAGAUACCUCCCCAAUACAGGCAUACCUCUCAAAGCAGACACUUCUCUAAUGCAGAUACCUCCCCAAUACAGGCAUACCUCUCCAAUACAGACACUUCUCUAAUGCAGAUACCUCUCCGGUACAGGCAUCUCUCUGAUACGGGACACCUCUCUAAUACAGACAUCUCUCCAAUACGGACAUCUCUCCAAAACCCUGGGCAAACUAGUAAACAUUGUUGUGGAAACAUUCAGUGUGAUUCUCGAUGUUUCCUCAAAUGUUUUCGCAACAAUGUUUCCUAGUUUGCCCAGGGCUUAACACAAACACUUCUCUAAUUCGAACACCUCUCUAAUGCGAAACGCUCUCUUAUACUAAUACCUCUUUAAUGCAGACACUUCUUUAAUACGCAAACCUUAUUCCUGUAUUCUUUUAGACUUUGUAUGUCAAAAUAAGAGAGAUAAACUUUGCGACAGUCUCAACAACGCUGAAGGGGGUUGCAAUAAAUAUUAUGCUCGACUCGGAAUGACAAGUGAUGGCUGGAAAAAAUUUGCUUGCUUCUGUGAAGACCAGCUGUCGAAGGAUAUGAACUUUAAUUAUGGAUUUGGAAAUUAUGAAUAUCAUGACAAUAUAAUGGCAAUAAAACCUAAUUACUGAUGAGAUGCGGCCAUCCAACCGUCCCCUGUGAGACCUUCAACACCAGCAGAAAAUAGCCUAUGCGCCUAUACGCACUAUAUUUAAAGUACACGUAGGCACUUGCAAUACCUUCACCCGUCACCUGUGUUAUAAAACACUUAAUUAAUUAAUAAUUUCAGUAAUUACUGAUGUAAAUAUGAUAAAUGUCUGUGAUUGACGAAUUUGUACAGUAUUAAAACUUUUAUUC